GCUUCUCUGCGCAAAUGAGGCCUUGGCCAUUCCUUAUAUCAGUCCAAUGUUGGCUGAAAGUUUAGGGAAUUUACCGCCUAUUUUCUGUCAAGCAGGUGGCGAAGAAAGGCUUCGGGAUUCAAUUGUUUUAUUUGCUUUUAAAGCUUCCGAUCCAAGCAAGUACCAAGUGCCCAAGUACGCUACGGAGAAUUUUGCUAAUUCUCCAUUCAAAAAACCCACAAAAGUCACACUCGAAGUCUAUGAUGAAGCUUUCCACUGUUUUUUCUUUGUUCCAGUUGAAAAGAUUACCCAGUUUUCGCUUAAUAGAGCUUAUGAUUUCAUUAAGCUUAAUGCAACUGUCGAUGUAAAUAUUCCUAACGGGUCAGAAAAUGACGCUACAUAUGAAAACGGGAAAACCCUUAACGCAGUCGCAAUUAACCCUAACUGUGAAGUUAGGGAAUUGGAUGGGAAAUAUUUGGAAUGCCUAAAGUUUGAGAACGUUGGAGUUUUGCCGGACGUGAAUGAACCUGAUUAUGUUGAUAACGUUUAG